UACGUCAGUACGUGCUUGAGCCUGCCCGAAAAUGUUCUCCCGUGUUGUCGGAUUUCGAAGGAGCGCAAGACUUUGCGGUGAAAUAAUACAUUUUUAUCCGUGAGAAAACCAAAAGCAAACCGCAUGUGUGGAAACUGAAGUUAUUCGCAGUUCCAUUACUUGGUGAAACUGUGAUUUUGGCUGGCUCGACAGGGAAGUUUGUGUGAUCGUUUUUCCCGGAGUGAUGUCGAAUCCUGGGAGUCGGAGGAACGGGUCCAGCAUCAAAAUCCGACUGACAGUAUUAUGUGCCAAGAACCUCGCAAAGAAAGACUUCUUUCGUCUGCCAGAUCCUUUUGCCAAAGUCGUGGUGGACGGAUCAGGUCAAUGCCACUCUACAGACACAGUAAAGAGCACACUGGACCCCAAAUGGAAUCAGCACUAUGACCUCUACAUUGGUAAAACAGACUCCAUCACCAUCAGUAUAUGGAACCACAAGAAGAUCCAUAAACGACAGGGGGCAGGUUUUCUGGGCUGCAUACGACUGCUUUCUAAUGCCAUCAGCAGGCUAAAAGACACAGGAUACCAGCGUCUAGAUCUAUGUAAGCUAAACCCCUCUGACAGUGAUGCAGUGCGGGGGCAGAUUGUAGUGAGCCUGCAAACACGAGACCGCAUUGGCAGCGGAGGCCCUGUUGUGGACUGUAGAGGACUGUUAGAAAAUGAUGGGCCUGUGUUUGAGGGGUGUUUCAGUGAAGAACCGCUGCCCUACUCCGACUCCACCGGUGCCGCGGGAGGCGGGAACUGUCGGCUCGACUCUCCCAGUCAGGAGAGCCGUCUUCAGACCCAGCGAAUCAGAGGGCAGGACUCCAGAGGUCAUGGCCACACCCCUCAGAACAGACCGCAUGGACACCAACCGCCUGACCUGCCAGAGGGAUACGAGCAGCGAACAACAGUGCAGGGCCAGGUGUACUUCCUCCACACACAGACAGGCGUCAGCACCUGGCAUGACCCCCGGAUACCACGGGAUUUGGCCAGCGUGAGCUGUGAGGAACUCGGGCCUUUACCUGUAGGCUGGGAGGUCCGAAGCACCGUGUCUGGCCGGAUCUACUUUGUGGACCACAACAACCGAACCACACAGUUCACAGACCCACGCCUACACAACAUUAUCAGUCAGCAAUCACAAGUGAAGGAAUCUUCCCAGGCCCCCCAGAUGGAUGUGGGGGGUGAGGAGGGGGGCGGUGGAGGAGUAAGUGGCGGCGGCGGAGGAGGAGGGGAUGGAGAUGUGGCAGCGCGAUACGAAAGAGAUUUGGUGCACAAAUUAAAGCUGCUCCGCCACGAGCUGUCGCUGCAGCAGCCUCAAGCGGGACACUGUCGUAUAGAGGUGUCCCGAGAGGAGAUCUUUGAGGAGUCAUACCGGCAGAUAAUGAAGAUGAGGCCCAAAGACUUGAAGAAACGGCUAAUGGUGAAGUUCAGGGGAGAGGAAGGACUCGAUUAUGGUGGAGUGGCCAGGGAGUGGUUGUACCUGCUGUGUCACGAGAUGUUAAACCCCUAUUACGGCCUGUUCCAGUACUCCACAGACAAUAUCUACACACUACAGAUCAACCCAGACUCCUCCAUCAAUCCUGACCACCUGUCAUAUUUCCACUUUGUGGGUCGUGUGAUGGGCCUGGCAGUUUUUCACGGUCACUACAUCAACGGGAGCUUCACGUUGCCCUUUUACAAACAGCUGCUGGGCAAACCCAUCCAACUCAACGACCUGGAGACCACCGACCCCGAGUUGCACAAGAGCCUCGUCUGGAUAUUGGAGAAUGACAUCACUUCAGUACUUGAUCACACGUUCUGUGUAGAGCACAAUGCCUUUGGGAAGUUCUCACAACAUGAACUCAAGCCUAAUGGUCGUAAUGUCCCCGUCACUGAGGAGAACAAGAAGGAAUAUGUAAGACUUUAUGUGAACUGGAGGUUUAUGCGUGGAAUUGAAGCCCAGUUUCUGGCUCUGCAGAAGGGGUUCAGUGAGCUCAUCCCACAGCACCUCCUCAAACCCUUCGACCAUAAAGAACUUGAGUUGAUCAUUGGUGGACUAGGAAAAAUAGACCUUGCAGACUGGAAGACUAACACCCGUCUGAAACACUGCACAAGUGAAAGCAAUGUGGUGCGGUGGUUCUGGCAAGCAGUGGAGGCUUUCAGUGAGGAGAGGAGAGGACGCCUUCUGCAGUUUGUCACAGGCUCCACCAGGGUCCCCCUACAGGGAUUCAAAGCGCUGCAGGGCUCUACAGGUUCUGCAGGACCAAGACUCUUCACCAUCCAUUUGAUAGAUGCUAACACAGAAAACUUGCCCAAGGCUCACACGUGUUUCAACAGGAUAGACAUCCCUCCCUAUGAGUCUUACGAGAAGCUUUACGAGAAACUGCUGACUGCUGUGGAGGAGACCUGCGGCUUUGCUGUGGAGUGAUGAAUCUGCGCACACUUAGCCCUUGCACGUGCACACAGACUAUGUGACAUUUUACAUAUAUGCACACACACACAAACCGAAUAUCAAGUAUACACCAAGUAUACAGAGCAGCCAAGCAUCACAAGAACACACUCACUCUCCUGCGACACCUUCACCUCCCGAAUCUGUUGGAGGUUAAAGGAGGAAGCACAGCGGGAGGAGAACAUUUAAAAAAAAAAAAAA